GACCCACGGCCAGCGGAGGGAGGAGGAGGAGGAGGAAGGAGAGCGCGUGCCUUGCCCGCGGGGGCCCCGAGUGGAAAUUACAGCCGCGGUCGCCUCGGAGAAAGGAGAGGCGGCGGCAGGAGAGGGGGGCGCGCCCCGCCGUCCUUCGGGCCGCAGACUUGUGGCGUUUGAAACUCGAGCUGCUAAGCGAGCCUCCUCGGCUACCCUCGCCACCGGGGAUUGUUGUGCCUUUCCGGGCGCGGUUUAAGGAGCCUCUCUUGCGUCCUGCAUGGGGGGGAGGGCAAGCCAGGCUCGUUCCUAGCGGCUGCUGUUCCCUCUUUUUGGAUGUAUCCCAAUAUAUUGAGGAACAUAGCUUCCGUAGAGUGAAAGAACUAGGCUUGGUGAAGAGACAUCGCAUCGCUAACUGUUCACAAGAACAUAACAAGAACAUCUUCCAUCUUUUGAAUGCCUAAGCAUUUGAUCUACUAGUACUUGCAAGUAGUAAACCAGAAGAACCUACUAGGAAACCGCUAUGGCUGGGAUUAAUUUUACAUUAAAGGUUUGCCAUUUGGUUCUGGGAUUACUUGUAAACCAAUUUAGUGCAUCUUCCAUACCGAAUAAUGAAUGUCCACAAUUGUGCGUCUGUGAGAUAAGGCCAUGGUUUACACCCCAGUCGACCUAUAGAGAAGCUACAACAGUUGACUGCAACGAUCUUCGUUUAACAAAAAUCCCCAGUAAUCUUUCCAGUGAUACUCAAGUUCUUCUUUUGCAAAGCAACAACAUUGCCAAGACCACCGAUGAGCUCCAACAGCUUUUCAAUUUAACAGAAUUGGAUUUUUCACAGAAUAAUUUUACUAGUAUAAAAGAUGUGGGGCUGUCAAAUCUUACUCAGCUCACUACUUUACAUCUGGAGGAGAAUCAGAUCAUGGAGAUGACAGAUUACUGCUUACAGGAUCUGUGCAAUCUUCAAGAACUUUAUAUAAACCAUAACCAAAUCAGUACCAUUUCUGCAAAUGCAUUCUCAGGCUUGAAGAACCUUUUAAGACUUCAUCUUAAUUCCAACAAAUUAAAAGUUAUUGACAGUCGCUGGUUUGAUUCUACACCCAACUUGGAAAUUCUGAUGAUUGGGGAAAAUCCUGUGAUUGGGAUAUUAGAUAUGAAUUUCAAGCCACUCUCAAAUUUAAGAAGUCUGGUUCUGGCUGGUAUGUACCUGACUGACAUCCCUGGAAAUGCUCUAGUAGGCUUGGAUAGUCUUGAAAGUCUCUCAUUUUAUGACAACAGAUUAGUUAAAGUUCCUCAGCUUGCACUUGAGAAAGUUCCAAAUUUAAAAUUUUUGGAUCUUAACAAAAACCCAAUCCACAAAAUCCAAGAAGGAGACUUCAAAAACAUGCUUCGGUUGAAAGAACUUGGAAUCAACAAUAUGGGAGAGCUGGUCUCUGUUGACAGGUAUGCAUUAGACAAUCUUCCUGAACUUACCAAGCUUGAAGCAACGAACAACCCAAAGUUAUCUUAUAUACAUCGUUUAGCAUUUCGGGAUGUUCCUGCUCUGGAAAGCCUGAUGCUUAACAAUAAUGCCUUGAAUGCAGUCUACCAAAAAACAGUGGAAUCCCUGCCAAACUUGCGUGAGAUCAGCAUUCACAGUAAUCCCCUUAGGUGUGACUGUGUCAUCCAUUGGAUAAACUCAAACAAGACUAAUAUCCGUUUCAUGGAGCCCUUAUCAAUGUUCUGUGCUAUGCCACCAGAAUACAGGGGGCAGCAAGUCAAGGAGGUGUUAAUACAGGAUUCCAGUGAGCAAUGUCUUCCGAUGAUAUCUCAUGACACAUUUCCAAAUCAUUUGAAUUUGGACAUUGGCAUGACUGUCUUCUUGGAUUGUCGGGCUAUGGCAGAGCCAGAACCUGAAAUUUAUUGGGUAACUCCACUUGGGAAUAAAAUAACUGCUGAAACCCUUUCGGACAAAUACAAGCUUAGCAGUGAAGGGACUCUGGAAAUAUCAAAUAUUCAGACCGAGGAUUCAGGAAGGUACACAUGUGUGGCUCAAAACAUAGAAGGAGCAGAUACAAGAGUAGCUACAAUUAGAGUGAAUGGAACGCUGCUGGAUGGUACUCAAGUUCUGAAAAUAUAUGUCAAACAAGCAGAAUCUCACUCAAUCUUGGUGUCUUGGAAGGUUAACUCUAACGUAAUGACGUCCAACUUGAAAUGGUCAUCCGCUACAAUGAAGAUUGAUAAUCCUCACAUUACCUAUACCGCUAGGGUCCCGGUGGAUGUGCAUGAAUACAACCUCACACACUUGCAACCUUCCACAGAUUAUGAAGUCUGUCUCACUGUAUCUAACAUCCAUCAGCAAACUCAAAAGUCCUGUGUUAAUGUUACUACAAAAAAUGCAGCAUUUUCCCUUGAGAUUACUGACCAAGAAACAAGCACAGCUCUGGCUGCAGUCAUGGGAUCCAUGUUUGCUGUUAUUAGUCUUGCCUCUGUUUCUGUCUAUGUUGCUAAGAGGUUUAAGAGGAAAAACUACCACCAUUCACUGAAAAAGUAUAUGCAAAAGACCUCUUCCAUCCCUCUGAAUGAACUCUAUCCUCCACUUAUUAACCUCUGGGAAGGUGACAGUGAAAAAGACAAGGAGGGCGCUGCCGAAACCAAGCCAACUCAAGUGGACACGUCCAGAAGCUAUUAUAUGUGGUAACUCAGAUGGUACUUUGCUUCUGGUAGUAAGGAGCACAAAGACAUUUUUUGCUUUAUUCUGCAAAAGUGACAAGUUUGAAGACUUUUGUAUUUUUUUGACUUUGCUGGUUUUGUGGCAGAGUGGUGAGGACAGGUGGAUAUUUCAAAAUGUUUUUAGUAUAGCGUAUCGCAAUUGUUUUGACACACACAAAUGGCAGCUUCACUUAGCUUCCAAUUUUUUUUUAGUUCUGCUUAAUUUAACAAUGCUGUUCUAACGAUUGGGGGGUGGGGAAUGGAAGGCUGGGAUUGCCCUUUGAUUUACAAGUCGCAUGACCCCUUUCUUCUGAAGCCAUCAACAGAAAGUACAGUGUCCUGCAAAAUCUUAACUCGACCAACUUGAAAAUACAUUAAACCAGCUUUGUCAUAAUCUGGUCUAAGGACUCUUUUACUUGAGAUAAAAUGACAAGAUUUUGAACAAUGUUAGUUGGCUGUACUGUAAUGUUGUAUCAACUGAUUUGAAUGUUUUUUGACUAUGAACAACAGGUUUUUUUCUUUUUUAUAGCUGAAGAGACUUAGGUAAAGCUAACAAAGCAAUUAAAUGUGUACACUUUUUCAAUGUAACAAAUUAAAUGUUAAUUGCUCUUUUAUUAUAUUUAGUAGAAACUUUUAAAGAAAACUUAAUUUUUUCUGUGUAAUCCACCAACACCUGGCAUAGAAUGAAGACAGAAGUAUAAUAAAUUAUAGUUUUUGUUUGGGUUUUUUUUUAGAACAAUUGCAAUAAUGUAUCUUUUUAGUUGCAUCACCAGCUUUAAUGGGUGAUUAUGUUUUGACAUAAAAUAUAUCCAAUCUUAUAUAAAAUUGUGGGUCUCUGGGUCAAAUUUAGAUUUCAUUUUUUUCCUAAAAAAAUCUAUUUUAUCAAAUGUGAGUUUUAGUCACAGUUGGUUUAUAUAUUAAACAAACAAAAAACAACCAAACCAA